AUGUCAUCUCAUUCUCGGGGCGCUUUGCAACUUCGAGCAGUUUUGUGUAAUUGGUCAUCCCCGAACUAUCUAUAUGGUCAUAGAUCUGAACACCAUGAGUCCAUCAAGAGGGAAAAAGCAGUUCGACAAAAGUCUGCCAUUCCGUUCGAUGAUGCACAACCAGGCGCGAAGCCGAUCAGCAUUCAGGACAACAAACAUGCUUGUGCCUUGAAUGAGGGACCUCCCAGAGCAGACCUUGCAUUUCAGAUACCUGAGAAUUUCUCGAAGUUUGCGCCAGGUCUUCCAAUCAAUUCGUCACCAGCCAGCACUUCGGCUGCAGGUGUACGAUUGGUGUUGCAGAAGGAAAAGCAGAAGUUCCUGCACUCGCCGGACGCCUUACAACGCGUCCAGCAUCCCCCUACAAGAAGUACACGAAACGAGGACCGUAAAAUCAAUUCCUCAGGUGGGUUACAUAUUAUCAAGUAUGUGUCUGCAGAUCAGCACGCACGAGCGGCAUUGGGACCUGUUCAGCUGAAUCCCACAGAAGCGACAAAGGUCAAUGGGAUAGAAUGUUGCCCUUCGAUCGAUCGAAGCUCUCUCCCCCGCCCGUCAAGCCUAGGAAACGACCAUGUUGACGCCUCGAGAGGCUUAGAGGCCUGGACUAAGAGCAUCUGCGACAAGAAGUCGCCUUCGAAAAGUCACCUAAACCAAUUCCUGAUGCACUCAAAUGGCAUACCAACCCCGUCGGAGAUGCUGCUUGCUGCGCUUCCCACUGAGGCGCAAAAGGCUUUCACUUCAAGGCGUGGCAACAAAAUAGACCUUUCCCACGUUGCAAUACGCCAAUGGGAGAAAGUCCCAUGGAAAGGAAGAAGGAUGGUCAAACGUCUCCACGCUAAGCGAAGGACUGUCGAAAUACACUCACCCCAAAAGCAGCCUACCAAGCAAGUUUCUCUAUGUGCUAUCCUUGCUAGAUACAUUGCCGCAAGAGGUGCCUCUGAGCUCCGAGCGUCCGAGUACAUCAAGAGUGCAGAAGACUUGGAUUAUCUGCAUUUAAGAGGUUAUAGUCCAGACCACGUACAAACCUGGGCUGAAGUUCUAGUAUCCCCCAAUGCGAAUCAAGCGGUGUGGAAGUUCACCACUUUAGCUGAUACUAUCUCUCCAUCUGUUGGGCCGUCUUUGCCGACUUUUCUACUACUUUUCAUAUUACGAGCAAGGUCGUUGAAAGCUACUAGCCUCCGUCUUUUGCUCGAUUAUAUAUGGACGUACUAUAUUGGAGAAGUCCCAAGAUCAGAAGCCUUGGUUAACAUCCGGGCGAUUGACGAAGGGCCUGCCAUGAUUCUAGUUAUUCGUCUCAUUCGUCAUGCCAGGAUGGUCUGGCCGAAUGCCCUUGAGGAGAUUGCUUCCAUCGUUGGGCGGCUAGUUGGCCGAGAAUCUGAUGGCUUAGUAGUCAAUCUCAGCCGCCAUCGUAUUCAGGACUAUUCACACUUCUACAACCGUCUUCUGUCCCUUUUUGCAAUGCCCACAUCGUUGCGACCAUUUGCUUCAAUCGCUAUUCAACAACGAUCUCAAUUUUGUCUCAUACGGAAAAUGACUAAGUUCAAACCCCAUUUACCAGUCACAAGGGAAGGCUUCAGAGCCUUAAUUAAAGUUCAGCUGGCACACAAGAAGACGGAUUCAGAGAGGAAGUGGGCGACAAGAAAAGCGCUUUCAUGGCCACCAUGGAAAGAAGAGCUCCUGGGUAUCGAAGCUGAUAGUGAAGACCCUGGCAAGAAUAGUCGAGCAGCUGAUGUUCUGCUUAGAAUGAUCGAAGCUGGUUAUUCUCCAUCGCACUGGGAAGAGUGUGCUCGUGUUUUUGCAGGCUGGGACACAGAUGGUUCCCCUACUAUACAGACCAGAACAUUGCUAAGUCCCGCUUCAGUGUUGCAAGAUGCUGAUCAGAGACCCAAAACGAAGGAGCCACAUUCUGACAAGGACGGCACAUGGGCAGCCAGAAUUCUUGCGACUCGGACACUCAAAGAGGCUUGGGGUUGCUUCACGGCGUUUGAGAAGUUCUCUGGGGGAACCAACGCUAUAGAGCCCCACAACGCGAUGCUUACUAGAUUAUUACAAGUGAAAAGAGAGGAUGAUAAUCGCACUGAGGAGGUUACGUCGGUGGUGCCGGGCGAUGGCAAAGAAACCUGGCCUGAGCCAACAUCGUCCCACGAUUUCCUCUAUGUUUCUUCAGAUCCACCCACGGUUGACGAUUUCUUCGACACGAUGAUUAAAAGAGGUCUCCGGCCAAGGGUACAUUUGUUGGCAGAACUGUUAGGCAAAGCAAGAUAUAUUGCGGAAGGUCUGAAGUAUAUUAAUGCAAGCACAUUGCGUCAAAGCGAGAAGGACCUCCUUUGCGGGCACGCUGCAAAGAAUGUCGACGAGAUGCGUGCAGCCUUGAGUGGUGUCCAUAAUCAUGUUAUUGCCACAUAUGUCCGCAUGCUCUGUCGAAUGCGGAGCACACCCGGGAUAAACUUCACCCUCCCUCCAGUUCAUGGCCCACAAGAAACGAUGACAAAGGAAGAACGCACCACCUCCCCCUUUUAUUACGCUCAAAGCUUUGUCUGGGCUCUUCAACCAUCAUACAGGCCGAUCUGGUACGCUUUAAUCCAGGGCCCGAGGUAUCCUAAUUUAACGCCUCCGGUAUUACAACGCUUAGGCACAUUUCUACCUUACAGUCUACGCGAUAUGCACGAGCUCGGCUUGGACCUUGACUUUGAUGGGUUCAGAGACAUUGGUAGGAUCCUCGAAGAAAACGUGCUUGGCCCUCAUCUUGCCAUGACACCACAACAGCAAGAGCUGUCCCACCACCAAGAGCUCUCUCGUGACCGUAGGCUGAAAUCCGUCCUUCUAUGUAAGAGUCUCUUCAAUGCGAUGGCGCAUGGAGGAUCAGCGGAAAACAAACAAGAUUUUGCCCGCUCGAGUCAAUGGCUUCCUCUCAACCAUCCAUCUGCAGCACAAGGCCGAACCCGUUUGAUUCACGUUCCCCCACCAUCUGUUCUUCACCGUACGAUUCGUAUCUUGGGGAUGGGAGAGGACAACGCAUCGAUCCUAACACUCCUCCGCUGGAUGGACUGCUUUGCUCCAGAGCUUGGUUCUUUAGCCGAUGAGCUCGCCAACAGUAAGAAGCUAAUCCGUGAGACUAUCACCGCAGUCCGAUACUUGCUUGAAGAACGGUGGCGGUGUGAGGACCUCGACCGAUCUGCCGAUUUAUGGAACGAAUGGCAGCCAGCGCAAAAGGAGCUGCUAUCUGAAGCAAAGGCAAUCGUUGAGAAACAUGGGGACGCGUGGGGCGGAUGGUCGACAGAUGAAGAGCUCCAUCGAUAUCACCACGUCAACAGAAUCAAGGCUGGGCGAUUGCGUAAGAAUUUUGGGUUGGCACAUUAG